UUGAGUUAUCGAUGUCUGCUGGAAUUUCUCUCCCGCGCCAUCCCCUUGUCUAUUUUGCCGUUCAGUUGCGAUGAUGGUGCCAGAGUGCAGGUGCAGCAUGUGUUGGAGACAGCAGGGACGGUGUGUGGUGCACUAGGACCAGGGAGCGAUUCCUCUCGUCUUGUGCAUUGCAACUAUAGAGGAGCUGUGGAGGAAACCCCCCCAUCGGAUCUGGCCAUUAUAUCCAUGCAUUUCUUUUCCACAUCUCCACCGCGCCGCGGCUGAGUGGGGAUCGCACCAAUCAGCGAGCCUAGGACGGUCAAGCACCCAGGAGAGGAUUAGCAGGCUAACCGAACACUAUUUGCGUAAAAGUCAGCUGCCAAAUAUUUUUUUCGGAGGGGUUAGUCGUUUGACAGCUUAGCCCCAACUCGUUUUGAUGUUAUGUUUUAUUUGCUGUAGUAAAAUCGUAUUUUUUUUCUUCUUCUUCUACCCAUCAUCCGUUUUAUUUCAAGCGCGCAAAGUCACAUCUGCGUAGGAGAGCACUUGGCGCACUUCUUCCCCAAAGGACAGAGACAAAAAUCUCCAUUCUUCUGUUUGGAUUUAAACCGGACGAUCGGCUGAAUGGGUGACCUCGCCGAAACACAGACUAUCACGAGCUUGCACACACUAUAUGGAAACCUGUUUUCUCCAUUGACCUGGAGUUGUGAUGUCCAAAGCCUUCCUCACUGACUGACAAACGGCGUCUUACCAUUUUUGGAAUCGAGUUGAAGGCUGUGAGGACGGGGGGAAGAUGAGACCUCCCAGCCCUCUGAUGAUCCUGCUGUACAUCACCCUGUCCAAGAGUGUAAAGGUGGUCUCUAAGAGAGGCUCAGUGGAUGGCUGUACAGACUGGUCAGUGGACUAUCUGAAGUACCGGGUCCUUCAGGGUGAGCCGGUACGGAUAAAAUGCGCACUGUUCUAUGGUUACAUCCGAGCCAACUACAGCCAGGCACAGAGUGUGGGCCUUAGCCUCAUGUGGUACCGCAGCUCUGGCCUUGGCCACAGUGACUUUGAGGAGCCCAUCUCUUUUGAUGGCGUGCGCAUGAGCAAGGAGGAGGACGCAAUUUGGUUCAGACCUGCUGACCUUCAAGAUGUGGGCCUUUACUCUUGUGUCUUACGAAACUCUACAUACUGCAUGAAGGUUUCCAUGUCUCUGACUGUGGCGGAAAAUGACACAAACCUGUGCUACAACUCUAAAAUGAGACGAAUGGAGAAGGCUGAGCUCAGCAAGAGUAAAGACAUCCUCUGUCCUGACAUAGAUGACUAUGUUGAACCUGGCAAAGAACCAGACAUCACCUGGUCCAAGGAGUGCCGUCCGAAGCAGUGGCGUGCAAGCAUCAUCCAGAAGAGAGACAUUCUGUCUAUCCAAGAGGUAACAGAAGAUGACAUUGGGAAUUACACCUGCGAAGUCCAGUUUGGUGGUUUUGUGGUCAGAAGGACGACUGAACUCACAGUAACUGCUGCAAGCAUGUUCACGAAGCAGAUGCAGAACCGGCAUCAUAUCCCUAAAUGCUUUGCUUUGCAGUUCUACACACUCUUCCACACGCCUUCGUCUCGUGGCAUCUGGGGCGUCUCACUGGGAUAA